UUUAGCUGAUUGACCUCUGGUCACCUCUGUUGUUUUCUUCACAUCUCAGACACCACAUGCAAUCCCCAAAAAUUAUGUGUUCACCUGAAGUGUGAAGUGAAUGGAAAAAAGCCCUGACAGCUGACUCAGCAGUUAGAAGUCAACUGUUGCAAUUCAUUCUCACCAAUGGGUACAAAUACCACAGCAGUAAGCAGACUGAGGACAGACAUCAAUGAGAAGGAGAGACAGAAACCAGACAAACUACACUGCAAUGGUGUACCUGAGUUUUCUGAUAAAAUUGUUCACUGGGAUAGUUUUGGUAACAGAUGCGACUUCAGAAGAAAAGAGCAAAAGUGGUGCAAACAAAACUUGUGGUUUUACCCAGGAUGAUUUCCAAAAGGCUUCUUUUCCUGCAGACCCAGAUGUACAAAACAGGGAAAAUGUUGGAUUCUUUGAGACACGUUCUGAAAGCGGUUUAGUUGAAAGUUUUGGUAAUCCAGAAGAAACCAUUCACGGAGAUGACAAUGAACAAAACAGUGAUUAUUUCACCAAAACAUCAAAUGCCAGUGUUGACAAUUAUUAUGUAUUCCAUGAAGGACAAAUAGAUUGUGCAGUCGCAUGCCCGAAGGGUUAUUUCAUAGGUGACAUUACAUAUGGCUUUCAAAAUCAAACCCAAGAUGAUCUUCAUGCCCAUUUUGUCAAUCUCCAGGACCACCUCACUUGUCUGUACAGUGGACUCUGUGCUGAAACACCUUGCAGUGCACUGACACACUGUCUCUCCUACCAGGCCUGCGUCUUCAAGCUCAGCAAUGAACUGUGUAAAAAUGAUACAAUGCCAGGGACGAGAAAAGUUCUUCACAUGGUUGUGACAUGCUCCAGGAAUGACCACCUUCUGGACAUGGUAGGAGAUGUAAAGUUGAGUGCAUUGCAGAGAUUAUAUUUGCUACAGAAGCAGACUUUUGUGUCAUAUAUUCAAGCCAAAGCUUUGCAGUACAAUGAUGAACAUGUGGAGAAGGUGAAAGUUGAUUACAGCUGGGCAGUGGUCAAGACAUUUGAGGUUCCUGAAAUUGAUGCGUUUGAUGGUAACUGCCCUAUAGGAGAGGAAAAAGAUGGGUUUGUAGGAGAAUGCAACCAAGCUCCCCCUGAAGGUGCUGUGGCAGGAAGAGAACUGUGGACAAAGUUAGCCAGAAUUCCUGACAGAAACCACAGACAAGAGUUGAAAAGUGUCUACUGUGCCUACCAUUACAACAGACAGGGAGGAUGUGUGCCUACUGUGUUUGCCUCAAAUGAAACCGGACAAAUUCUUUUUACAAGUAGAAUUUUACCAAUACCUGGGACAAGACCUGAUUUUUCCUUGGAUAGCCAAGCUCAGGAGGUGCCCCACCAGGGUCUGGUACCAGUGAGACUUGGUUUUAUUAUUAUGGUCCAUAAGGGAACCAUGGCAGUGCUCCAAAUGUUGCAAUUAAUUUUGCGGCCCCAACAUUUUUAUGUGAUCCAUGUCUGCAGAGGAGCAGAAACUGUCAGAGAGGAAAUAAAAAGAUUUAUUUCAAAAGAACUCAAAGGAUAUCAUAAUAUUAGAGUUCUCCCAUACUCAAGAUCAUUUCUUUCGUCCUGGGGAUCAUUUGAGAUUGUCAGAGCAGAGUUGGAGUGUAUAGAGGAACUCCUCAAGAUGGGGGUGUGGGACUUUGUCAUAAACCUGAGUGGCCAGGAUCUUCCACUGAGGACUAUGGAGGAUUUAGCUCUGGCACUGGCUCCUUACAGAGGAAAGAACUUUAUCAGAGUGAAUUUCAAACUGGAUUAUAUCAAGGAUGCACCAUCCAGAAGUGUUUGGCACAACUUAGGUGGGCACGUGUAUAAUGUUACUACAAGAAAACCAGGACAUUUUGACCUCUACAGCAGUGCAACAUGGUUUGUUCUUAGCAGGGAUUUUGCCAACUUCAGCAUAAACCCAGAUGAGGGCAAAGUAAGAGAAAAAAUAUUCUUUAUACAGACAUCAAUGAUACCAGAUGAGACAUACUUUGCCACCAUAAUGGAGGCCAGCAGAUUCAAAGGCACCCUAGUAAACUUCAACCUCCAUUUUACUCCACGGUUUGAAGGAAAUGACAGAAAUAACCUGUGCAGACAUUCAGAUGACAUAGAUUACUGUGGAAUGGGUCCAAGGGUACUCCAUUCUGCAGAUGUAGGUCUACUAAGGCUUCAUUCUCACAGGCAUUUCUUUGCUAGGAAAUUCAGUGCUAACCCACAAGAUGAUGUCAGAGAACAGAUCAUAAAAGAUCUAGCUCACUACAACUUCAGUCCCCCUUUUAAGCUAGGGGUUCCAGACACUGUGGUUAGGAAGCUUGCUGAACAUGCAUUGACAUGUCUGAAAGAGAACCACAGCCCUCAUGAAAAAAAUUGGACAUUGCAUAGAGUGACCAGCUGGGCAAUACUGCCUAGACUGGACAUUUCUGAUCCCUGCUGUGAGGUCCCACGUCUCAUGGGAGGACUGGUGGAUGAAUUUCUGUAUACCAUUGUAUUCACUGUGGCAAAUACCAAAAUGGGAGUUCAGGAAGCCAGGGCAUCAUUGAGUAUGAGAUCCAGGCACAGCUGUUUUUCCUUAGGAGUAAUCCGAUCAAUGCAGUUGUCUACACGACUGGAACAUCACUAUAAUCCCCACUUGCCUAGAAGGGACCCUCCCGACAGCCUUUCAGUUGCAUUGCCCUCUCCAACAGAACCUGCUGGGGGUCAUUUCUUGUGGCUCCAUCUAGUGUUACAUACAGAGCAGCUAAUGGGCACAUGUGCAGAAAUGGCUAACAUUACCAGGCAGACAUCAAACCAAACAUAUGCCAUCUACUGGCACACAGAAGAACUAGACCAGUGGGACAUGUUCUUUAUAGGCACCUUGUUGGAUCCUGAAGGGAAUGCGAAAUGUCAUAGAGAAAUCAGACUACGCUGGACUGGAGAACUGAUGAAAGCUGAUGUUUUCAAGUAUGUUUUUAUGUGUGGGGUUCUGGGGCCAGGAAAAUGGACUGUAAAUUUAAGACAACAAUUUAUAGCCAAUCCCUUCACUUAUAGUACUUCAGUCCAUCUUGCAGAUACAGCAGAUUACAAUUCAGAUGAGGUUUGUAGAUUUUGGAAGGUCACAGAUGUAGCUUUUCUGCCCGUGUAAGGGUACACCAAUACCAACAACCUGGGAGAUGGGGAAGAACUUCAUCUACAGCAAAAUACACUCAUGUCAGGACUCAUCAAUUUUACAUAUAGACAUGAUCUGUAAUUUAGGAUGUUAAAUAAAAGGAAAAAAAUUCUUAGAAGGCAUUUUUCAUCUUUUGUAUCAUAUAUCGUUUGUUAAAGUAUAAGAUACCUGCUUGUGUUACUUGCCCAACACUUUUAAUUGAAAAAAAUUGGG